UGGGGCCCCCGGGCAAUAGGGGAUCAUGGGGCCCCUGUGUCCUUGCCUAAACUCAAAAAAGCCUUUGGGAAGAAUAGCAACCAGUCUCUAGGACCCCACAUCCAGGCCUACACUCAGAAUGUUCCUGUAUACUUGGAUGCCUCCAUCCAAUAUCAGCCAGACCAGGGGUGGAAUGACAACUCAUGGGGCCCCUGGGCAAUAGGGGAUCAUGGGGCCUCUGUGUCCUUGCCCAAACUAAAAAAAACCUAUGAAAAAGGUACUAGGGGCAUCUUAUGGGGCCCUCUACUGACCCCGGGCCCUCGGGCAGUGCCCGAGUUUCCAAAUGGUCAGUCCGCCCCUGAG